CAUUGCGGCCAUUUUGUUUUGACCGACAGGAAUUUCAAUUUUUUGUUUGUGUUUUGUGAUCAAAAACAGAAAGAAAAUUUACCACGACUUCGCUAUACUUGGAUUUCAGGAUCAAGUUUUAGAUACUAUUUGGGAUAAUGUCUUUUAAUAACAGAAACUACAACACACGCAACUCUGGCCGCUUCAACUCAGGCCAGUUCGUGUCGGCGGGAGAGCUCGGGGCGUCUUCGGCGGCGUCCCCGGCCACACUGCGCAUUCAUACCACCAGCUACAACAAUCAAACCAAGCAGUAUGGGCAGAUGUACACCCCGCAGCAGCAGCCGGCGCCCAUCGCGCCGCCCACGCCGCAGCAGCAGACACAGAAUAACUUCCUCCAGGAUCAGGACAUGGACAUGAAGCCGGCGGUGGGGCCGGCGGGGCUGGAGGCGGGCGCGGGCGCGGGGGGGGAGGACGCCCCGCGCCCCGCCUGGAUGAAGAACAAGCUAAUGGGAGUGAAGAAGAUCUCGAACAAGGAGCGGCGGCGGCGGCAGAACGAGAGCCUGCGCAAGCUGCUGUCGCCCAAGAACGCGCUCAUGGUGCUCAACGAGAUGAUCCGCGGCGACCAGCUCGCCAACCAAUUCAAGGUGGAGGCGGCGCAGCAGCAGUACUACGGGCCGCAGGCGGCGCCCGGCUUCUGCGCGGACCUCACGCUCGAGGGGAGCACCUACAAGGGAUACGGUGAGAACAAACUGUCCGCGCGCAACGCGGCGGCGGAGCAGGCCAUCCGCGACCUCAUCAUCAAGCGCAUGACCAAGGCGCUCGGCGCCGACGCGGGCUCGACGACGGGCGCGGCGGAGGGCGACGACGACGAGGCGCUGCCCAUGAUCCAGCUGGCGUCGUUCGCGCUGCACAAGCUGUUCGCGGAGUGGGAGUACGAGGGACACAAGGUGCCGCUCUUCAAGCCCGCCAACACCUCCGUAUCCGAACAGCUGGCCGCCUCGGGGGACAGCGGCGCCGGCCCCGCCGCGGCGCCCGCCCGCGCGCGCCCGCCCAAGGUCUCCAAGCCCAAGGUGCUGCCGUCGAACGCGGCGCGCAUGCACCCGUGCAUGCUGCUGACGUACAUGCGGCCGCGCCUCGACUACCGCGAGCUGUCCGCCGAGGGAGACAAGCCGCAGAACAUGAUCUACACCGUGGCCGUCGAUGUGGACAGCGUCACGUAUAUUGGGAAAGCGACCAACAAGAAGGAGGCGCGCAAGAUGGCGGCGCGCGCGGCUUGCGAGGCGCUGUUCAGCGUCAAGUUCGAGCCCGUCGCCACCGCCAACGCGCCCGAGCUGUAGGCACCACCCUGUAGGGCACACCUACACACCACCCUGUAGUGUACCCGGGUGUAGGCACGCGGCACCGAGGUAACACUCACACGUAUUAGUUAGGUCCCAGAGAAGAGUUGUAUUGCACACAUCAUGUAUAGCAAUAAUAUUUUAGAUUUAUAAUAUAUUAUUAGGUGAUCUUCAAAGCGAUAGUGUGCUGACGCACUUGCGUUUUGACACCGCUUGGUUGCGCCAAAUACGCCCUAUUUGACUAACUUGACACUCAUCCUGUAAUAAAUCGGAUGGGUGUUGAUGUCCCUUUCUAAAUUAUUGUAGAAAAUCAUGGUAUAGUAAUCAGAAAAUUAUAAUUAUAUUUGGCUAUUUUUAGUAAAGUGAUAUUUGACUGUAGUAAAGUGUUUGAUGGGUUAGAUGCUGUACUUUAUGGUUGCAUCAUCAUUAAAUUAUUCGAAUUAACACCUAAUAACAUCUAAUGAAAUUAUUACUUAUACACUAACUAUAUGAACUACAUCAAAUUAAAUUAUUACUUAUACACUGACUACAUGAAAUACAUCUAAUGAAAUGAUUAAGUAUAUUAAGUACUGACAAAAAUUUAUAGUUUUUUUGACUAUCACUAAUCUGGUUCAGAUAGAUGUAAGAAUAGAGGGUUUGUUCCUUUUUAAUAUACCCGGAGGGUUGUUCCAACCUCUGGAAUAAGUUACGACGUAAAUGUCUGAUAAUAAAAUAUUAUAGACAAGUA